AUGUCUACUGAACCAAUUACCAACAACGAAGUUAAAGAAGUGUCUCAACAAAACACUCCAAAACAACCAAAAAAAGAGACAAAAAAAGAACAAUUAAAAUUCCUUGUAAAGACACCUAAAGGAACUCGUGAUUAUUUCCCUAAAACCAUGAAUGCAAGAGAAACUGCUAUUCAAACUAUUACUAGAUGUUUCAGAAGACAUGGUGCUGUUACCAUUGAUACUCCAGUAUUUGAAUUAAAAGAUAUUCUUACAUCAAAAUAUGGAGAAGAAGGAGGAAAACUUAUUUAUGACUUAGCUGAUCAAGGAGAAGGUGAAAAGUUAUCAAUGAGAUAUGAUUUGACUGUUCCUUUUGCAAGAUAUCUUGCUACUAAUGGAGUCAAAAAGAUUAAAAGAUAUCAAAUUGGUAAGGUUUAUAGAAGAGAUCAACCAUAUAUGACACGUGGAAGACAGAGAGAAUUUUGUCAAUGUGAUUUUGAUAUUGCAGGUGAAUAUGAUCCAAUGAUUCCUGAUGCAGAAAUUGUAUCUAUUCUUAAUGAAGUUUUAACUGAUUUAGAGAUUGGAACAUUCAGAAUUAAGAUUAAUCAUAGAAAACUUUUAGAUGCAAUUUUUGUUCUUGCGGGUGUUCCAAGAGAAAAGUUCCCAGCAAUUUUCAGUGCAGUAGAUAAAUUAGAUAAAGUUUCAUGGGAGGAUGUUGAAAAAGAAAUGGUAGAAGUUAAAGGACUUGAUAGGGCUGUUGCACAGAAAGUUGGAGAAUAUGUUAAAAUGCAUGAUAAACCAAAGGUAAUGUAUCAAAAACUUGUUGAUAUGAAAUUAGGAGAAACAGCUAAAGAUGCAAUGAAUGAUAUGAAGUUAUUGAUUGAAUAUUGUGAUGCUUUAGGAUGUUUAGAUAAUGUUGAAUUUGAUAUGAGUCUUGUUAGAGGAUUAGAUUAUUAUACAGGAGUCAUUUUUGAAGCAGUUAUGGUAGUUGGAAAUACAUCUGUAGGAUCUAUUGCAGGAGGAGGAAGAUACGAUAAUUUAGUCGGUAUUUUCGGAGCAAAUAAGAUUCCAUGUGUUGGAUUUUCAGUUGGACUUGAAAGAAUUAUGAUUAUAUUAGAAGAGAAAUUAAGUAAAAGUUCUAAGUUAUAUGAAGCUCAAACUGAGGUAUUUGUUGCUUCUGUUGAUAAGAAUAGACUUAUUAAUAGACUUCAAUAUUUAAAUAGACUUUGGGAAGUUGGUAUUUAUGCAGAAACAUUACAAAGAGUAAAUCCAAAAAUUAAACAAGAACUAAGAGAUGCAGAUGAAAUUGGAUGUAGGUUUGCUGUUAUUUUCGGUGGUUCUGAGUUAGAAGAAAAGAAAGUUGUUUUGAAAAAUUUAAUUACUCAAAAACAACUUACUAUUGAUGAUGAUAAACUUAUUCCUGCUCUUGUUUAUCGUUUAACACAUAAAGACACUUAUUUAACUGAAGACCCUGAAAUGUUUGCCACUGAAGAAGAAGUCAAACAAUUUAAACAAGUAAGACAUCAAUUAAAUGUAUUUAAUUAA